UCUUUUCUUGUGUUUUUUCCUGUUUUUAGGUGUGGCUGUUAGAGUAGCUCGCAGCAGAGGACUGCUCCACCUCCUCACUCGCUGUGCUGCUGUGGAGAGCAGAGUUCGUGUUUGUUUUCCUUUAGAGUUUUGUUUUUUUAUAUGCCCGGAUGCAGCCAGCAACCUUGUGAAUUCAUGAUCACAUGACCGUGGACAUGGACGCAGUCCUGUCCGACUUUGUCCGUUCUACUGGUGCUGAACCAGGACUGGCCAGAGACCUGCUGGAGGGUAAAAACUGGGAUUUUACUGCUGCACUCAGCGACUUUGAGCAGCUGCGACAGGUGCAUGCCAGCAACCUGACCUAUUCCUUCCCGAAAGAAAGGACUUACCAACCUCCUGAGAAAGAGAUGGCCAGAGUGGGGCGGCCGAUACUCCACCGCCAAGACGAGGUGGUGCAGGCUGCCACAGAGAAGCGUCUGUCCCGGGGCAUUUCUCACGCCAGUUCAACCAUCGUGUCGUUGGCCCGCUCCCACGUCUCGAGCACGGGCGGAAGCAGCAACGAGCCGCUCCUCGACACGCCGCUGUGCACUUUCCAACUGCCGGACCUCACUGUGUACCGAGACGACUUCCGGAGCUUCAUCGAGAGGGACCUGAUCGAGCAGUCCAUGAUGGUGGCGCUGGAGAACGCUGGUCGGCUAAACUGGUGGACAAAAGUUGUUCCAAACUGUCAAAGUCUGCUGCCUCUGGCAACGAGUGGAGAUGGAAACUGUCUGUUACAUGCAGCCUCGCUCGGUAUGUGGGGCUUUCAUGAUCGUGACUUGAUGCUGCGCAAGUCUUUGUACGCGCUGAUGGACCACGGCUUGGAGAGGGAAGCCCUGAAGCGCCGGUGGAGGUGGCAGCAGACCCAGCAGAACAAAGAGUCUGGCCUGGUGUACACGGAGGAGGAGUGGCAGAAAGAGUGGAACGAGCUGUUAAAGCUGGCCUCCAGCGAGCCAAGAAUCCACUACAGCACCAACGGCACCAACGGAGCUGAGUCCACUGACGAGCCGGUGUACGAGAGUUUAGAGGAGUUUCACGUCUUCGUCCUGGCUCACGUCCUCAGGAGGCCUAUUGUUGUGGUGGCUGACACCAUGCUGAGGGACUCGGGAGGAGAAGCCUUUGCUCCCAUCCCGUUCGGAGGCAUCUACCUGCCGCUGGAGGUGCCAGCUGCCAAGUGCCAUCGCUCGCCCCUGGUCCUGGCAUACGACCAGGCCCACUUCUCUGCCCUCGUGUCCAUGGAGCAGAAGGACAGCUCCAAAGAUCAAGCAGUUGUGAUUCCUCUCACUGACUCGGAGCACAAAAUGCUGCCUCUGCACUUUGCUGUGGAUCCUGGGAAGGACUGGGAAUGGGGAAAGGAUGAUGCAGAUAACGUUAUGCUGGCAAGCGUGGCUCUUUCUUUGGAGGCCAAGCUGCAGAUGUUGCACACUUACCUGACGGUUACCUGGCUGCCGCUGCCGUGUGAGCAAGCCCCCCUGGCUCAGCCCGAGUCACCCACAGCUUCUGCAGGAGAGGACGCCAGAACACCUCCUGACUCCGGAGAAUCAGACAAGGAGUCGGUCAGCAGCAGCUCCAACGGCAACGGAGACACGACCACAGCCUCCACGGUUAACGGGAGCAGCUCCGUGGCCAAGAACGGCUCCUCUUCCUCCUCCAGUUCCUCCAGCAGUGGGUCUGCAGGGACCGGGUCGGGAGGGAAGGACAAACCCAAGAAAGAGAAGGAUAAAGAUAAAGACAAGAAGAGGGCAGACUCCGUGGCCAACAAGCUCGGAAGCUUCGGCAAAAGCCUCGGCAGCAAGCUGAAGAAGAACGUGGGCGGACUGAUGACGGGGAAGAACGCUGCAGCCGGAGGCGCCAAGCCGGAGGGCGGGGACAAGAAAAAGGGCUCGUUCAGGGGGAGGAAGGGCAGCAAGGACAGCUCUCCUUCCACCCAGGCCUCGGAGGACUCCGGGAAGGGCUCGCCCUCGUCGGGAAGCGAGCGGCUCCUCGGCACGAUGAGCAGCAUGAGCAGCAGCGGCGGCAGCAGCACGGAGAGCGACAGCUACAAGUACAGCGCCGACGUGAAGGUCAGCCUGGGCAUCCUGCGUGCUGCCAUGCAGGGGGAGAGGAAGCUCAUCUUCGCCAGCCUCCUCACCACCAGCAACCGCCAGCCCUUUCAGGAGGAGAUGAUACAGCGCUACCUGGCCGACGCCGAGGAUCGCUUCCGAAUGGAGCAGGAGCAGCAGCGCCGCGAGGCGGAGAGGAAGGGCGUGGCUAACAGCGUCCAGCCGCCCAAGAAGGAGGGUCUGGGAGGGUCCGAGCUGAGCUAUCGACCGUACGAAGCCAAAGAAGAGCUUUCAGAGAACUUGUCUCCUUCCUUCAACCCGACCCCUCUGAGCCCCUCCAUGUACUCUGCUGUAGUGCCCAUCCCCCGGCCCUCCUUCAUCGAGCAGCCCCCCGCCGGCGCACCUCUGACCCAACAUCUCCACGUGCACGGACACUUGGACACACGGCGCCAGCUAGCCGGUGGCGCUCCGGCCGGCAGUUACCCCGGCCUCCCCUCGUACGCCACCCUUCCCCGGCACUGCCCCGCCCCGCAGGGCCCCUCCUACCCCCAAUACAACAUACCCCAAGGCCCCUCCUCCCUGAGCCCGUCUCGCCUCGCGCCCUCCUACCCAGAGUUCGACCCCCCAGAUUACCCCGGGGCGGAGCUCGCCGGCGGCGGCUACGCCAACGGCUACCGGGACGUGAGCUCCAGCCUGGACGCUCGGAGCGGGCAGCCCCCCGUCAGACACUACUCGCUGGGCAGCGCGGGCGGUCUGUCCAGCCUGCAGUCCAGCCGCUGUCGGACACCCUGCUGCUCCUACUUCGGGAACCCCGAGACAGGGAACUACUGCUCCUACUGCUACCGGGAGGAGCUGAAGAAGAGGGAGACAGAACCAGCCAUCCACCGGUUCUGAAGGAACCGCGCCGUGGCUUCAGUUUGAAGAGUGGCCUUGUGUUGUGUUUGGGGAGGUAGAUCUGCCUCGAAAUGGACACUAAAAAAGGCAGCAGUCUCCCUCUUUUCUUUUCUUUUUUUAAAACUGUGUCACUUCCUGUUGAAGGUGACGACAGUAAACAGGGUGGUUUCUCGCUGCUGAGGGUCACGUGUUCGACCGUAGAAUAAAUAACUGCACUUCUGUUACAUUUUGCUGUGGCUCUUAUGCAGGUGUUGUGUAUGAGUGUGUGUUUGUGUGCGCGUGUGUGAGAGCUCCUCCGUUGUAAGAGUUGAACGCCUUGCUACUGCCUCCUAGUGGAGAGAAUGUAUACGGCAGUACAGUUUCCUCUGUCACACUACAAGCAGUGAUGUAAGCACAAAGAGAAAGGCUCAAAGGUUUCCGCUACACCUGUUCUCUGUUCCAUUGUUUGGGUUGAUUAAAGUCAGAUUUAAGUGUUA